CUAUUCCCUUCAUUUCUUUUCAUCUGUUUAAUCAUUCUAUCUGAAAUUUAAAUUAGGUCUUGUACUUUCUUGUUGAUUGUUCUAUCUAAAAUUGGAAAGUGUGGACUUGCUCCGCCAAGUUUGAUGGUGUUUCUGUAAUUUUAUAUGCUAAACAGUGAGUUAUGCUGGAAUGGUAUCAUAUUUCUGCUACUAGUUUUGCUUGUCUACUACCAUAGCUCUACAUCAACAAUCGAAUGGCAUUAAUUUCUGAUUCGCUGACUAGCUUUACAGGUAUCACAUUUCCGAAAGCACUAUUUCCUACACAGAAGUUAAUUGGGAACAAAUCAAUAUAUUACAGAAAAAGCUGGCUGGUUUUUGAAAAGAUUUCUAGAACAAGGCCUCAGUAUUUCGUUAGAGAAGGUUAUGGUGCCAAACAUGCUAUUUCAGUAGGAAGAGGAAACCACGAGCUUAGUUUUAAUAAUGAUGUCAAGGAACCCUUUUGGUUAGCACCUACAAAGGGCUUUACCAGGGGUUUAAAAUCUUUGUUUGCCUUCCUUGCGGAGCAACCGAGCCAGCUGAAGUACAUAGAGUGGCCAGGUUUCCAGAAUACGGUGAAGACUGCUAGCCUGACUCUUGUUCUUGUGGCAAUGCUUAUUGUUGUGUUAUCCUCUGCUGAUUCUGGCCUCUGGUAUCUGCUUGUCAAGAUUCUAAGGAGACCUGCAUGAUUUUAUUCCAAACACUAGUUGCAGAUGGUAAUGGUGCUGCUGCUGCUGCUGCUGUUGUUGUUGCUGGCUUGUCAAUGAUGAAUUUUGUUCGUGUAACACUUACUACCGACAUUGAAUCCUCAAAUUUAAGUUGAAAUUUUUUUAGAAUAACCUGCUAGGAAUGAUUAAUGUGUAUCCAGAAGACAUAACUUUUUUACAAGGAUAAUGAAGAUUGUUUUUUUGUCUA